AUGACUCGGAGCGGAACCACCGAUACCAUUAUCGACAGCUUUGACAUGUUUCGGUUCAACUCGACAGGACCGCGGGCGGAUUUGGACCAGACGUACUCCAUCCCGCCGGAGUGGGUGCCCACGGCCACCUCUGGUAUCUCGUAUCAAGACUCUUUCCCUUCAUCCCUCUAUCCUGACUUAGAUCCCACCACCUCUUACCCAUUCUCCUACCCCAAUUCCACCCUCUUCUCCACCUCUGCACCCACCACUACCUUCCGGCCACCAGUGCCACCCGCAUUCAUCACCAAAUCGGCGGGUAUGAGACCCUCGCUCUCAAGCUCGAGCUCCGACUCGGACGAAAUCAUGCCACCCUCGCGCGCGAUCCGCCGAACCCAAGAACAAGUCGCCCAUGCAGCUCGACCCAUCGCCCCCAAGCGAGAAUCACAUGACAGUAUACACAGCCAACCAGAACCCAGAGACAGCAACACGCACAGAAUGCUCCGCAUAUCAUCCACCGACGGCACAGCCAAAGAAGUCGCCGCCAUCCCGAAAGCCUCGGUCCAACGCCCACCCCGGAUAAAGACAUACUGCCAUAUCUGCAACGACCAACCAGAGGGCUUCCACGGCGAGCACGAACUGCGCCGACACAUCGACCGCGUCCACGCGCCCGUCCGCAAGGUCUGGGUUUGCGUAGAUAUCUCGCCCGACAAAAGUUUCCUCGCGAACUGCAAAGCUUGCCGCAACGGUAAACGGUACGGGGCAAACUAUAACGCCGCAGCCCAUCUUCGCCGCACGCAUUUCAACCCAUGCCAGCGCGGCCGCGGCGGUCGUGGCAAAGACAGCGAGAAACGCGGUGGUAAGGGCGGUGGAAAUCAUCCGCCGAUGGAUGUGCUCAAACACUGGAUGGUUGAGACGGUCGAACAGGCCAAUGAGAAUACUCCGUGUGAUAUGCUUCCCGACGGAUUUGCGGAUGAUGGGGGGUAUCCGGCUUCGUUGCCGCCGCCCGAUCUCACUUCUGAUGCGGCUGCGAUGAAACGCGCUGUUGCGGGAGGUAUGGCUGCGAAAUCGCUGGGCGAGGCGGAUAUGCAUGCGUCGGUGGGCAUGGAGUCAGCGCUCAUGCAUGGCUUUGAGGCGUAUCCUGUUUCCGCGUCGUUUGACUUGGAUGCGACUCUUGAUACGCCGUUUUAUCUUGACUCGCAGCCUCUGUCGUCUGAGUAUGAUUCGUAUGUCAUGUGA